GUGUAUCACAAGGCCAAAAAAGGAAAAAAAUAAAUAACGAAUGACAGGGUGAGGAUUGGAUCUAGGUUUAGAAUAAAAAGAGAAGACCCCGUAUCCUAAAUUCUUCUUCUUCAUUACUCUCUCACAAACACACACACAAAACCACAAACAGAAAAACAUCAUCAAUCAUGUCGGACGAGGAACACCACUUUGAUUCAGUUGCCGAUGCCGGAGCCUCCAAAACCUACCCUCAGCAGGCCGGUACCAUCCGCAAAAACGGUUACAUCGUCAUCAAGGGCAGACCUUGCAAGGUUGUUGAAGUUUCUACUUCAAAAACAGGAAAGCAUGGACAUGCAAAGUGUCACUUUGUUGCAAUUGAUAUCUUCAACGGCAAAAAGCUUGAAGAUAUUGUUCCUUCAUCCCACAAUUGUGAUGUUCCUCAUGUGAAUCGUACUGAUUAUCAGCUGAUUGAUAUCUCUGAAGAUGGUUUUGUGAGUCUGUUGACUGAUAACGGAAGUACCAAGGAUGAUCUGAAGCUUCCCACUGAUGAUAGUCUGCUUACUCAGAUUAAAGAUGGAUUUGCUGAAGGAAAAGAUCUCGUGGUUUCUGUCAUGUCUGCAAUGGGAGAAGAACAGAUAUGUGCCCUGAAGGACAUUGGUCCUAAAAAUUAAAAUGGUUCUCUGGAAGUCACUAUGGGUGAUAGCACGUAUUUUAUUCUUAAAUGUGCUAACAGGUAGUAAUUUGUCAUAUGCAUGUGUGCGCAAUAAACUUGACAAAAUGGAAACUGCCUUGAGCUUGAAUCUCAUGAAAGCUUGAGGUAGGGAAAAAAAGGAACCAUAUUUAUCUUUCGUCUUUUUAAUUAUUGAACCCUCCGGUGUUUUGGUAGAGGAUGAAUUUGUUAUAAGUGUCUCUUAUAUCUUUAUCGUUUUUGUUGAGUUUAA